AUGUCAAUGAAGUUGUUGAAGGAAGCUAUUAAGCUUGUAGAUGCAGAUGAUAAUGUGAAAAGUACAGUAACGGUACGGAAAUCAGGAAGACCUUCGAAGGCAGAAAGAGACCGUCAGCAACUUGCUGCUAUAGCCACUAUUUCAGAAUACGAUCCGGAAUUAGAUGAUAUAACCAUAAAUUCGAGUAUGCGACAUGUAAUGAAUCACAGUAGGAAGAAAAUUGCGAAGAACAUAUCGUUAUUAGAAGAAAGUCGCUUAAGAGGCAAGACGGACUUGUUCAAACAUAACAUCAAAUAUAUGAUUUAUGAAGCUAAUUGUGAGCUGGAUCCUGGCAAAACCAAGCAGAUAAUAGAUUUCAUGGAUGGACGUAACCGUCGUCGUAAAAAAAUUCUUCGCGCAUUGCGUAAUCGAAAUACAGCGUCGGCACCAUUUCCAGCUCAAUUUUCUUCAUCACAACCUCAAGCACUUCAAUUUUCUCCAGCUACAUUUUCACAACCUCCGCCAUCACCUGAUGAGCGAACCCAACAAUUAACUUUUGAUGGAAAAAAAGUAAAGCGAAGUCGACAAUAA